GGGAAAUAAAUAACGUGUUUUAGAUGGUAUUUAAGCUCCUGCUAGCGUGAGCUAACUGUGUAGCACUUACAUGUCAACACACUGCGAUAUAACUUCACAAGUCCGACAUUAUUCAUGGGUUUAAAGAGGAGAUCUCUUUCAGGAUGACAGCGAGGAUUUAACACAACUAGCUUCUUAUAAACACAGGUCUGAACACAUACACAUGGCCUGGAGUACGUUUGUAGCCAUGGAAAGCUCGACCCACACCCACACGGCGUGUCCCGAUCCGCUCGAACCGGCUUGUGGCGCCGCCCUGCAGGUUCAUCUGUACUACUGCAGCCAGAGCACGAGCAGCACGAGCGGCUCGACUCUCAGUUACCUGUCUGGAGAUUACAUCGCAGAGGAACUGUGCAUCAAGGCUGCCAAAGAGUGCGGUGUCAGUCCUGUGUACCUGAGUUUGUUUGGGCUGAUGAGAGAGCGGGACCGCGUGUGGUACCCCCCCAAUCACAUCUUUAAAGUGGACGAGUCCACCAAUGAGAAGCUCCUGUUCAGAAUAAGGUUUUAUUUUCCCAGCUGGUAUGGAAGAGGAUUAAGCCACGCCCAUCGCUACGGCAUCACCAAGAGCUCUGAGACCCCGGUGUUUGAUGAUGUCACCACAGCAUACCUGUUCGCCCAGGAUCUGCAGGUGUACUGUGAUUUCCCUGAUGUUAUUGACAUCAGCAUUAAGCAGGCGAGCAAAGACGGCUCUGUGGAGAGUCGCAUCGUUACCAUCAACAGACAGGACGGCCAGACGCUGGAGUUAGAGUUCUCGUCUCUGUCCGAGGCGUUGUCCUUCAUCUCCCUGAUCGAUGGUUACUACAGACUCACCACGGAUGCUCAUCAUUACCUGUGCAAACAAGUGGCGCCCCCUAGACUGCUGGAGGCCAUUCAGUGUAACUGCCACGGCCCCGUCUCGACGGAUUUUGCCAUUAAUCGUCUCCGUCGCUGUAACAACGCUAAAGGCAUGUACAUCCUGCGCUGCAGCCCUAAAGACCAUGACAAGUACUUCCUGUCCUUCGUGGUUGGGUACGACGGUAUGUUUGAGUAUAAGCACUGUCAGAUCGUGCGCAGCGUAGCGGGGGAGUUUGUCCUGAGUGGAGCCAAUUGUGUGUUCAGCAGCCUGAGCGAGCUUCUGCACCGCUACCAGAAGGAGGCGCUGCGCUCCGAGGGUCACAUCUUCCAGUUCACCAAGUGCUGCCCUCCUAGGAACAAAGAAAAGACAAACCUGUUAAUCUGCAGGAGUGAUCAGGUUUCAGAUCUUCCCUUCUCUCCAUCACCCCUCAAACAUACUCAGAUGGUCUUCCAUAAAAUCCACAGAGAAGACUUGCAGAUGAUGGAAAGUUUGGGGCAGGGGACGUUCACACAGGUCUUCCGUGGAGUCAGAAGGGAGCUGGGAGAUUAUGGGGAGGUGCACGAGAUGGACGUGGUGAUGAAGGUGCUGGACAAAAGUCACCGCAAUUACACCGAGUCAUUCUUUGAAGCAGCCAGUAUGAUGAGUCAGAUUUCCCAUAAGCACUUGCUGCUGAAUUAUGGGAUCUGUGUGUGUACAGAAGAGCACAUCAUGGUGCAGGAGUUUGUGCGCUUUGGCUCAUUGGACACAUACCUGAGAAGGAACCGUAACUCCAUCAACAUAACCUGGAAGCUGGAGGUGGCCAAGCAACUGGCAUGGGCUAUGCAUUACCUGGAGGAUAAGAGCCUGAUUCAUGGGAAUCUGUGUGCUAAAAACAUUCUGCUUGCUAGAGAGGAAGACAGAAAAUCUCACACUCCACCUUUCAUUAAACUGAGUGACCCUGGAAUCAGCAUCUCAGUUCAGCCCAGAGAGAUUCUGAUUGAACACAUCCCCUGGAUUCCUCCAGAGUGUGUGGAGGAUCACACAAACCUGAGCCUAGCCAUAGACAAGUGGAGCUUCGGCACCACGCUGUGGGAGAUUUACACUGGAGGAGAGAAACCUCUCAGCUCCUACGACUCCUCCAAGAAACUGUUGUUCUAUGAGGACAGACAUCAGCUCACUGCCCCCAAAUGGACAGAACUGGCCACUCUAAUUAACAGCUGUAUGGAUUACGAGCCGUGUCAGCGUCCGUCAUUCAGAUCCGUCAUCCGAGACCUGAACAGCCUCUUCACCCCUGAUUACGAGCUGUUGGUAGAGAACGACGUUCUCCCUGGUAGGAACCGUGGGUUUGGCUUCUCAGGAACGUUCGACAGCCGAGAGCCGACUCAGUUCGAGGCGAGACACCUGAUCUUCCUGCAGCAGCUUGGAAAAGGGAACUUUGGCAGUGUGGAGAAGUGUCGUUAUGACCCGCUGCAGGACAACACCGGGGAGGUCGUAGCGGUGAAGAAGCUGCAGCACAGCACCGCAGAACACCUUCGUGACUUCGAGAGAGAGAUCGAGAUCCUCAAAUCGCUACAGCACGAGAACAUCGUCAAAUAUAAAGGAGUGUGUUACACUGCAGGUCGUAAAAACCUGCGCUUGGUGAUGGAGUAUCUUCCGUUCGGCAGUCUGAGGGAAUAUCUCGCUAAAAACAAGGAGCGCUUCGACCACAAGAAGUUGUUACAUUACGCUUCACAGAUCUGCAAAGGGAUGGACUAUCUGGGUUCUAGGCGCUACAUCCACAGAGACUUGGCCACACGGAACAUUCUGGUGGAAAGUGAAAUGCGUGUGAAGAUCGGAGACUUCGGCCUGACCAAGGUUCUUCCUCAGGAUAAAGACUAUUAUACAGUGAGGGAACCUGGAGAGAGUCCCAUCUUCUGGUACGCUCCCGAGUCUCUAAUAGAGAGUAAGUUCUCAGUGGCGUCAGAUGUUUGGAGUUUUGGAGUCGUUCUCUAUGAACUGUUCACCUACAGUGACAAAAACUGCAGCCCUCCUGCUGUGUUUAUGGAGAGGAUGGGUGUCGAUAAACAGGGACAGAUGAUCGUGUAUCACCUGAUUAGUCUGCUUAAAGACACCUACAGACUUCCUGCUCCUCAGGGCUGCCCUGUGGAGGUUCAUUGUGUGAUGAAGGAAUGCUGGGCAGCUGAUCCAACACAGAGGCCGUCGUUCAGGUCCCUCGGUCGUACCGUCGACUCCAUCAGAGAGAGUAAAGAGGAAUGAACGCAACUCAUCAUCCAUCAGAGGACGUCACUGAUGAAAUCUCUCUGAGAGACAGAAAGCAAAGGAGGGACGACAGAGGGAGGAAUGCUGAGUUAUUAUCAUGCAGCCUUUUACGCCAUCGCUCCUGUUUCAUCUCAGUUAAAUUUGCAUUGUGUCUGUUACGUUCGUCAGUUUCCAUGAUGACAUGCGGGUGAAGUUUAGGUGUUAAAGCAAUUACAGAUGUUGAAGUGUGUAUACUUUAUACUCAGGGUGUGUUCGAGGUUUCAUUCAUCACAAACUCUCCAUCGGUGUUCAUUACCUUCAGCUUAAAUGGCACCUGCAAAGAAUUUUGUAAUACUUUUGCAAUAAUUUCCAGGCUUCACACUACUCCUUUUUAUUUACACUCAGUGUGUCUGUUGGUCUGAACGGUGUCCAUAAAGUUUCACCUGAUUUUAGGAAACGCUCACGUCACACGACGCAUAAGACUCGUUCUCUUCGGAAUUCUUGUACUUUUCAGUGAGUCGAUUGAUUUGACUCAGUUCACCAAAAAGAAUCGACUCUUUGAGUUUUGAUUGUUCUUCUCAUAGCUGAAAACCUUCUCGCUCAUGAACGACUCGUAAGAACUCGAUUCUGACUCAUGACUCCUGAAAAGUUCUGCGUGGGGGAAAAAAAAAGGACAAGAAAAGCUACAGCAGCACGUCGUCCUUCUGGCACUGAAACUUUCUGCUAAAGCAGGUUGUGUGUAGACUUUUACACGGCUGUGUUUUACUGAUAGAUUUUUAUACGUACUUAAACCGAUUCCUGUAUUUUAUAUUUUGUUUCACGUCGUCAUUAUUUUGCGUUUUGUAACCUUUAGUACAUGAUAAAGCCACACGAUAAAUCUGUACAGUAUGUUGUGUUUUACAAAAUUAUGAUGAAUCUGUAUUUUUUCCCAGGAAGAAAAAUGGAUAUUAAAAGAGGGAAUAAAUAACAAGAGAAGUG